GGUAUCAGCAGUACAAGUCUAGUCAAUGCUCAUUAAACUACCAAAAAAAGACGUAAAUCUUCAUGAAUUCCACCAGCUCGAUAUAUUUWAACCCUUUGCAGGUGACAGCUAGGAAGCCACUGGGUCAGAAUUGCGAUAAAUCUGGCCAAAAAAUUUGCAUUAUGGCGAACAAAAUGACCUCACAAUCAGGGAAUGAAGAAACUGACCAGUCAAGUAAUAAGGGACCAUUUAUCAUUCUCGGCAUUAUUUUCGUAUCUUCAUUAAUAGCAAUGACAUUUGUAUAUACCAGUUUUCCUGAGCUUCGGCCUGAAGACAAAGCAAGCAUCAAGUUACCCAGAAGUAUGGAUGACGCCAAGGGUCUUGGUAGAGCAUUAUCAAACUACACAGACGAAUAUUUUAUGCAAGUUGUAAUAGGAUUCACUGUUACAUAUAUAUUUUUACAAACAUUUGCCAUACCAGGGUCUAUAUUUGGGAGUAUCUUAUCAGGAUUUCUUUUCCCUUUUCCAUUAGCAAUGUUUUUAGUUUGCUUGUGUUCUAGUGUAGGUGCAUCGUUUUGCUAUCUUCUUUCUUAUCUGGUUGGAAGGAAAUUGGUAAAACAUUAUAUACCUGAAAGAGUAGAUAAAUGGUGUGCACAGGUAUCCCACCACAAGGAUGACAUUCUUAGUUACAUAAUAUUCCUACGUAUCACUCCAUUUCUUCCCAAUUGGUUUAUCAACAUUGCAUCACCUGUUAUAGGAGUUCCUUUACUACCAUUCUUCGUUGGAACUUUCCUGGGUGUGGCACCACCAUCGUUUGGGUUCAUUAGUGCUGGAGUAGAACUCUAUGUCCUUACAACAACAGGCGACAUCAUGUCCUUUAAGUCCAUCAUGAUUGUAGUUAUAUCAGCCAUUCUCUCUUUAUUGCCUGUUGUCUUCAGAAGGCAGCUCAAGAAAAAGCUGGAAUAAAAGGCAAUAGCUCUAACACUGUUACCACAAGCUCCAUUAUUCCAUCUUUUCCUUCUUAGAAAAUUUGAUUUUGAUUACAAUCUAUCGUACAUUACAGUGUGACUACCAAAAUUGGGGCCACUUAGUAAGCAAGAACCAACCGAUCAAAAUGUAGAAUGAAAACAAUACAUUUCAACUUUGGGUAGUGGAGCCAAUCAGACACCAGCAGAAAACAAUAGUCUUUCAACAUAUCUUCUUAUUGUCAUGAGAAAAUGAUGAUGGCUAUAGUUGUUUAUGCAUAACAUCAAGAUCAAAUUACCAUUAUCGUACAGAUCAGGUUUCUGAUUGGUUAUACACUACCCAAAGCAGAGAAGCAUUGUUUUAAUUCUAGAUUUUGAUUGGUUAGCUGUGUAAGUGGCACCAGUUAUAGUAGUUGCACUGUAAUUUAUGUCAGCUAUUCUCUCUCUAUUACCUGUUGUCCUCAGCUCGAGAAACACACCGUAGAUGUUGUCUGAGAACAAAACAAUGGUUUGCAGUUUAGUUAAUAAUUUGAAUUUCUUCUAAUUUCACUCAAUCAUAAACCAGUUAGCCUUUUACCUUCAGCCAACCACUAUCUGUCCCAUGAUUGCACGGUCAUAGCUCGUGUUCUUACAUUGACAAAAGAAACAAAUAUGAAGAGACCUGUUGGAGAAUCCACAUUGGAAUAUCCAUACAUCACUGUUACUGGUCAAACACAGAAAGCACUGAAGCUACAAUGAAUCACACCGAGAAAAAUUACUAUUUAUUGUUAGGAAUUCUGUUUUAAAUUUGUUAAAAAUGGGAAUUUUUAAUUUCCAUUUUUUUGUCACAGUUCAGAAUUUUUUCUCUUUUUCUUACUUUUCCUCUUCCCACCCCCCUACAUACACRCACACACCUACCCCCACCCACACAGGCACAAAACAUAGGGGAGCACUAUUUAAAGAACUGCUUUUUAUUUUGAAUCUUAAAAUUCCUAUCAGGGGUGGGGAGGGCCGGAUCAGAUUGUUUCAUACACAAUCACACAAAACACAAUAUAUGUACAAGUAUGAUAAUAUUUUAACUAAAAUUCUUUAUUUAUAUUAACCAUAAUACUAUUAAAUACCGAAAAUGUUA